GAGGUAAGGAGAGAGCGGCGACAUCGGCUCCCAGCGCCCGCGAGGCCACAGCGGCGACAGACGGACACAGCGGGACCCCCGGGAGGAUGCAGGCGACCAUGGGCGAGUGCACGGAGCUGGAAUGGGCCGUGCAGGUGCUGGUGAACAACUUUGACAAGUACUCGAGCCGCUGCUGCUGCUGCAAGAACCCGCGGCGCAUCAGCAAGAAGGAUUUUCGGAAGAUGCUGAGCCGCGAGCUCAACCACAUGCUGACGGACACCGGGAACCGCCGCGCCGCCGACAAGCUCAUCUGCGACCUGGAUGAGAACAAGGACGGGCGCAUCAGCUUCCAGGAGUACUGGACCUUGAUAGGCGGCAUCGCCAGCCCCAUCGCGCAGAUCAUCCGCCAGCAGGAGCAGAGUGUCAAACACACCAAGUAGCGGCUGCUGGACCCUCCCGGAACGCCCCCUGCUCCUCCGAGCCCCCCGCUUUGUGCCCUCCCCGAGCCCCCUUUGCCGAGCAGGACGGGGUCGGGACCCCCCCGGGGUGGGGUUUGGGGUGCGAGGCAGUCGGGGGGCUUCUCCUUGCCCUGCCCUCCUCCUCUUCCUCAAAGGGAGAGGCUCCCCCCGCGUCUGGGGCGGGAAUUCUGUCUGUCCUCGGCGCUCCGCUGGCAGAAAUCCCAUCACGAGCAGCUCCCGCUCUCCCCUUGGGGCUCCCCCCGAAAACGGGGGGCUCUCCUUGGGCAAAGCGUGCUUCUCCCCCCUGCCCAAGGCUCUGCCCUGCCCGGGCCCGGGGCUCGGCGCGGUCCCGGCCGGGUGACACCACCGUGGUUAUUUAUUGCAGCAAUAAAAUUCGGAGGAGCA